ACUGUCAAUUCGACAACAUUAUUUUGAAUAAUUAAAUGAUUUUUCAUUCACAAAAAUAGAGAAAAGAAAAAUGAAGUAUUUACUUUUGGCGACGCUGAUCGCUACUCAUUCGUUGGUGAUUGCCAUACCUUUACCACAAGAUGAUUCUGGUGGAGGUGGUGGGGGAGGUGCUAAGUCUGCGGCUGGCGCUGGGGGAGCGAAUAACUUGCCACUAUCGUGGUUAAUGAAUGCAAUGCCUCGAAGUGGGCUCGCUGGUAUGGCCGACAAUCUUGGUGCUGGAUUAGCGAAUUUCGGAAACGGACAAGGAAGCGCUUUUGACGCUAUACUCUCCGGCAUUUUUAAUGCAUUUGGUAACUUUAUCAGUGGCAUUCUUGGAUCCGGAGCUGUUAACACAGCAUUUCUCAACUACAACAAUCGACCACCACCUGAUACGGGCGCACCGACAACUCCGAAACCUGCUGGUGGUGGUGGUGGCGGUGGAGAUGAUGGUGGCGGUGGAGAUGGUUAAUCAUGUCAUGAUGUUUUCCGAUUUGUAUGCACUUAUCUCUUCGGCAUACAUUACAAACUUUAAUGCGUAGAUAUUUAUUUCGAUUGUAAAUUAUUAUUGUUAUUUAUGAAUAUUGUAAAACAAAAGGCAAAUAUGAAUAAAACGAAGCGUUUGUUGUUAUCAUUACCAUUCAA